CUUCAUGGCUCAUGCUCUCAGCUGCUUCCAAGCCUCCUUCCCCUAAUACAAGAGCGAAAAUUUUUAGUUUGAGUGAGUUCAGCGUUCAGCAAACAACGAGUAAAAGCAGUUUGAGAGUCGCUGUGAAAAUCAGUCAUUUCAGGAUAAUUCCUUGGAUCGGCAGCAGCGGCAGCAGGUUAUUGGCCUUUGGAUCUUCAAGUUGAUGCGCCGCCUCUGGGGGCGCACUAAAAUCUUGUUAGCGCGUGUUUCGCAGCCUCCACAGUUGUUUUCUUUUUCUAACAACCUUAUUCGGCUGUGUCCGAGCCACUGUCCUCACCAUGAUGACGGAAACACAUUUGAAUAGUACAAACCACACCAUGGGUAGCAAAUUGGAUUCAGAUAAAAUGGACGACAUUGGAUGGAAGUCCAAGCUCAAAAUCCCUCCUAAGGAUAAAAGGAUUAAGACUAGCGAUGUAACCGACACAAGAGGCAACGAGUUUGAAGAGUUCUGCCUGAAGCGCGAGCUGCUGAUGGGCAUUUUCGAAAAAGGCUGGGAAAAACCGUCUCCUAUUCAAGAGGCCAGCAUACCGAUUGCAUUGACAGGCAAAGAUGUGCUCGCCAGGGCCAAAAAUGGCACUGGCAAGACAGGAGCCUACUGCAUCCCAGUGCUUGAGAAUAUCGACUCCAAAAAGGAAACUAUUCAAGCUCUUGUGAUUGUGCCAACCAGGGAGUUGGCACUGCAGACUAGUCAGAUUUGUAUUGAGCUUUCUAAGCACAUGCACAUUAAGGUCAUGGUCACGACUGGUGGUACUAACUUGCGAGACGAUAUCAUGAGAAUAUUCCAGAAAGUACAAGUGGUUAUUGCCACGCCAGGACGCAUUUUGGAUCUGAUGGAAAAGAAGGUGGCCAACAUGGACAACUGCAAAGUGCUUGUGCUUGAUGAGGCUGACAAACUGCUGUCGCAAGACUUCAAAGGAAUGCUUGAUACCGUCAUUGCCAAGCUGCCCAAGGAAAGGCAAAUUCUGCUGUAUUCUGCCACCUUCCCGCUCACGGUGAAGAAUUUCAUGGACAAACACCUCAAGAGCCCUUACGAGAUCAACCUGAUGGAAGAGUUGACUCUGAAAGGAGUCACCCAGUACUAUGCUUUUGUCCAAGAAAGACAAAAAGUGCAUUGUCUCAACACUCUAUUUUCAAAGCUGCAAAUCAACCAGAGUAUAAUCUUCUGCAACUCAACACAACGAGUGGAACUUCUUGCCAAAAAGAUAACGGAACUCGGUUAUUGUUGUUAUUACAUUCACGCCAAAAUGGCGCAGGCACACCGCAACAGAGUGUUCCACGACUUCCGCGCAGGACUGUGCAGGAAUCUGGUGUGCUCAGAUCUGUUCACUCGCGGUAUUGAUGUGCAAGCAGUCAACGUCGUGAUAAACUUUGAUUUCCCCAAGAUGGCUGAAACGUAUUUGCACAGAAUCGGCCGCUCAGGCAGAUUUGGCCACCUUGGUAUCGCCAUCAAUCUGAUUACUUACGAAGAUCGAUUCGCCCUGCACAGGAUCGAACAGGAGCUUGGCACUGAGAUCAAGCCCAUACCCAAGGUGAUUGACCCCUCGCUGUACGUGGCCAAGUUCGACGAGCAUGGUGACCACGAAGAUGGCAACACAAACGUUGGUUCGUAAACGGCAGCUGCAACUUCCACUUUAAUCACACUCUGGAACUUAAAAAGCCAUUGUUAUUUCUGCGAAUCUGGUUGAAAAAUUGAAGUAGGUGUACAUACAAGACAGUAUUUGGCAGAACAAGAGACCCAUUAAUUAAUGAUACUUAACCGUACAAGCCACAAAAAAAAAACAACCACACAUUGCCAUGAUAAAAUCAGAUUAAUUUUUAUACACGGCUACAGACUCACACUGACACACAUUUAAUUUUAUACACAUCGUCCGCAGAGAGGGCUUAAUUGAAGAGAAGAAAAGUUGAGAACAUUCAAAUUCUAACGUGGCUUGCUAAUGGUACAACUUAGACUGUCAAGUCAUUGCGCCAACUGCAAUGGCACGAAUGUGAAAGCGCGCGCACCUCCAACACUGCGUCGGUACCAAUUUUCGCGAUUGACGUUGGUGCAAAGAAUUGUAAAACUGCUAGAUAUGUAAAUUUAUUUUUGUAUAAUCUGGUGAGGAGAGCGACCCCGCUCGGCCUAGGAGUGAACAAAAGCACAAUUUGCCCGACAGGCGUUUCUCGAUCAUUUUGUGCAAUUUCCGUCGACCAUCUCAUCAAAGCCCUUGGACCUCGCACCAAAUUUUCGACGCGCCUGUCCGCCAUCUGAAUCUGUCAAGCUGGCGUCGCUGGGCCUUUCCUCACCUUGAGAGUGUAAUAUACAAAGUCUUUCUCCCGUUUGAGUGAACCAACCAGUGGCAAAUGCAUGAUUUAUGUCGGUUGGUCUCUUGACAAGCAACCGAGGGAGACAACUCGAUGGAGUUUAAACCGGACUGAUUGAAAGGGACUCCUGUUGAACCACAAGAUAGAAAAUGAGUGAAAAAGUGCGUCAAGACUGUUAAAUAACUGGACUCCUUUGCGAGAGAAAACUAUGAACGGGCGCAAGUGUGGCAGAAGAUGCUGAGUGGGAGAAUGCAAGCGUGAAUUUUCUUUGUGAUGGAAGAGCUACCAUCUUGUGAUCUGGGCCCGAAAAUUCAAUAAGGGCCAUCGCCGAUUGUUAAAGUAUUCCCGUGGAAAGUAGCGGCCACGGUUGAUGGCGAUAAUGAGGUGCUCUUGUCGGUCGGCGAUUUUGAACAUCUUAAAAGAGCCGAAAAUUUAUGAUUUACUGGUAAAAACUGCGAUCAGUACCUGUACUCGACCAAGAGGUCCCAAGGCAAAUACCUAAAAUUUGUUUCUUACAAAUUUGAAGCCUUAUUUCAUUGUCUCGUCGAUGAAGCGUAUUUUUCAACAAAAAAUUCAACCAGUCAAAGCAGUGCACUGGAGAUAAAGACUCAAUCGUGUGUGUGGCCCUAUACGAUUGAAUCAAACUUAAAUUAAUUUUUCCUUAAUUAUUAAAUUGAUGUUAUUGACAAAAUAUUCUAAAUUAGGGCCACUGGGGUAUUUCUCAUCCACAAUUUGUUAGCAGGAGGGUUAUCAUUUUAUUUCCUGAACAAUUUGUUUCAAGACUUCAAAAUUGUACCAUUUUUUGAAAGUUAAAAAAGUUAUAUUUGGCAACAUUCCAACAUAUUUUUGCUUCGAAAUACCGAAAACAGGAAAAAAAGAAAAAAAUUAGCUUCUAUGUGAAGAGCAAAAUGCUUCACUCAUAAAAUUAUCUUCUAUGUUUUACAUCAGAAUAUUCGCAUGUGAUAUUUUAUGCAAGAAAUGUUUAUGGUGUCAAGCUGGCCAUUACUUCCAUGACAUCUGAAUAUUGGCAAGAAAAUUAAAUUGCUCUUUACAUAUAACCUA